AUGAAGACGCGAAUGGCGUUGGUGGAGGCGAUUCGAGCGCGCGUUCUGCACGCGGACGAACACGUGACGGUGGUCGAUAAACCGCCGGGACUGGCGACGACGCGAGGGAACGGCGUGGACGUGUCGGUGUACGAUUUGAGACACGCGUUGGAUUCGGAGUACGUCGUGCACAGAUUAGAUCGAGACACGUCGGGGGUGUUGGUGCUGGCGCGGACCGCGUUUGCGGCGAACAGGCUCAACGCGAUGUUUGCCAAAAAAUCGAGGAUGGAUUUUACGGAGAUAAUGCGGGCGGACAUGGAGCGCGGAGACGCGCCUUCGCUGUCGAACGAUCCGGUGGUGAAGACGUACUGGGCGCUGACGUCGAAUCCGCCGCCGAGAGGCGCGCGCUCGGGAUGGAUCGAGGCGCCUCUCACCGAGGUGGGCGACGGCGACGGCUACUCCACGGCGCGUCUCGUCGGCGGCUGGCGAGUGUACGAUGCGAAAGGCGGCGGCGUCGUCGUCGGCACGGGAGAAUCCAUGAGAGACAAAUCCAACGACGCGGGCUCACCCGCGUCCAAGGCGGCGAUGACGCACUUCAAGGUGCUCGCCAGCGCCGGCGAGGACGGGCCGACGCUCCUAGAACUUACUCCGAUCACUGGUCGCAAGCACCAACUUCGCGUGCACUUGGCCAAAGCCCUAUCGUCCCCAAUCAUCGGCGAUUACAAGUACGGCUUCAACGAUCGGCGAGCGCCGUGGAAGAGUCGUUUCACUGACAUCGAAUCUGCCGAUGUCGAAUCCGAAAAAGAAUCCGACUUCUGGCGCAAGCUUCGUCGCGCAUCCCUCCGCGGCGUCUCCAAGAUCCCUCUCCACCUCCACGCUCGCGCGUUACAAUUCGUUCAUCCCGAAUCGGGCGUUUCGACGCGCGUCGUCGCCGAGCCUCCCCCGCACUUCGCCGCCGCGCUCCGCGCCUUUGACUUGAAAUUUUAG